AGCCGGCAGGCUGGCAGGCUGCGCUCUGCCAAGAUGGUUCACCAUUCGGGCUCCAUCCAGUCCUUUAGGCAGCAGAAAGGUAUGAACACAAGCAAGAGCGAGACAGUGAAAGAGCACCCAUUAAAGCCCUCCAGAAGAUCUAUGCCAUGCCUAGCCCAGAGCCAAACACAUCCUCAGAGUCUGAGCAAGCAUUCCUCAUUUCUGCAGCCAAAUCGUGUGCAGCCACAGCCCCUCAGUGCAGGGACAUCUACAGCUACAGUGGAUGUCGUGUCAGAAAGAGCUAAAGUGGUGGAGACUUUGGAAAACAACUUGCUUAAGCUGUCUAGUACAGAAUACACUGAUCCAUUUUUAGAGGUAGGAAAGGACAAAGACACAUACACAGAUGAUUCAGAACAUGGACAUUAUGAUACUCGUACAGAUCAGUCAUUGCUUAUUCAAAACAAGCUUGCCAGACAGAAAACAGAGUCUCGGACUAAAUCAUCUUUAAAGGCUGAUCCCAUGGCAUCAUCAGGCCUCUUCUUCAAAGAUGGCAAAAAACGCAUUGAUUACAUCUUGGUCUACAAAAAGUCAAGUCCACAGGUAGAAAAAAGAAGCACAUUUGAGAAGAAUUUGAGAGCAGAAGGGUUGAUGUUAGAACGAGAGCCAGCUGUUACAAACAGUGAUAUCAUGUUUGUUAAAAUUCACUGUCCAUGGGAGACAUUGUGCAAAUAUGCAGAAAGAAUGAACAUCAGGAUGCCUUUCAGGAAAAAAUGUUAUUACACUGACUGGAGGAGCAAAACCAUGGGCAGUUUGCAGAGAAAUAUGAGAGAGCUGAAAAGCUGGUUGCCCAGAAAUCCAAUGAAGCUUGAUAAGGAGGCCUUGCCUGAUCUGGAAGAAACAGAUUGCUACACAGCACCCUUCAGCCGCGCGCGCAUCCACCAUUUUACAAUAAACAACAAAGACAGCUUCUUCAGCAAUUCCACAAGAAGCAGAAUUGUGCAUCACAUGCUACAGAGAACUAAGUAUGAAGAUGGAAAAUCCAAAAUGGGUAUUAAUAGAUUACUAAAUAAUGGAACAUAUGAAGCAGCAUUUCCACCACAUGAGGGAAGCCACAAAAGCAGACAUCCCAUCAAAACACACGGAGCUCAGAAUCACAGACACCUCUUAUAUGAGCGCUGGGCACGGUGGGGAAUGUGGUACAAAUACCAACCUCUUGAUUUAAUCAGGCGAUAUUUUGGUGAAAAAAUUGGACUGUAUUUUGCCUGGUUGGGCUGGUAUACUGGAAUGCUUAUUCCUGCUGCCCUGGUUGGGCUCUUUGUGUUCCUCUAUGGGUUAUUUACAAUGGAUUCCAGCCAAGUAAGCAAAGAGAUCUGCGAGGCCAAUGAAACCAUCAUGUGCCCUAUGUGUGAACGCAAUUGCACGCUACAGAAACUCAAUGAAAGCUGCAUAUAUGCCAAGGUUACACAUUUGUUUGAUAAUGGAGGGACUGUCUUCUUUGCUAUUUUCAUGGCUAUUUGGGCUACAGUCUUUCUAGAGUUUUGGAAAAGAAGGAGAGCUGUAUUAACUUACGACUGGGACCUCAUAGACUGGGAAGAUGAAGAGGAAGAGCUGCGCCCCCAGUUUGAAGCUAAAUAUUCCCAAGUGGAAAGAGUUAACCCAAUCACAGGAAAACCUGAACCUUUUCAGCCUUUCCCUGAUAAGCUCAGUCGACUGAUGGUGUCUGUCUCAGGAAUAUUCUUCAUGAUUUCACUGGUCCUCACUGCAGUGUUUGCAGUUGUUGUGUAUCGUCUGGUAGCCAUGGAACAGUUUGCCUCUUUCAAGUGGUAUUUCAUCAAGAAGUACUGGCAGUUUGCAACAUCUGGCACUGGAGUCUGUAUCAAUUUUAUGAUCAUCAUGUCACUCAAUGUUGUCUAUGAAAAGGUUGCCUAUCUCCUGACAGACUUGGAGCAUCCUAGAACAGAAUCUGAAUGGGAAAACAGUUUUGCUUUGAAAAUGUUCCUCUUCCAGUUUGUCAACUUAAACAGCUCCAUCUUUUACAUUGCCUUUUUUCUUGGCAGGUUUGCAGGUCGCCCAGGAAAGUACAACAAGCUUUUUAACAGAUGGAGACUGGAAGAGUGUCAUCCCAGUGGCUGCUUGAUAGAUCUAUGUCUGCAGAUGGGAGUUAUUAUGGUUUUGAAACAAAUGUGGAACAACUUCAUGGAGCUAGGCUAUCCUUUGUUACAGAAUUGGUGGUCACGACGGAAAAUGAAGAGAAGUGGGCAAUUAAUGGAGCAUAAAAUUUCUCUACCUCAGUGGGAAAAAGAUUGGAAUCUGCAGCCUAUGAAUCUCCAUGGUUUAAUGGAUGAAUACUUAGAGAUGGUUUUGCAGUUUGGCUUUACCACCAUCUUCGUUGCUGCCUUCCCACUGGCACCACUCCUGGCAUUGCUUAACAAUAUCAUAGAAAUAAGGUUAGAUGCCUACAAGUUUGUCACCCAGUGGCGAAGACCUAUGCCUGCAAGAGCAACAGAUAUAGGUAUCUGGUAUGGGAUUCUGGAGGGAAUUGGAGUUCUGGCUGUUAUCACCAACGCCUUUGUCAUUGCCAUUACUUCUGAUUACAUUCCACGUUUUGUCUAUGCAUACAAAUAUGGUCCCUGUACAGAUCAAGGGUACAGACAAGAGAAAUGCUUGAAAGGAUAUGUCAAUAGCAGUUUGUCAGUCUUUGAUUUGAGUGAACUUGGGAUGGGAUACUCAGGAUACUGCCGGUACAGAGAUUACAGAGCCCCACCAUGGAGUUCAACUCCAUAUGAAUUCACUCUGCAGUUCUGGCAUGUCCUGGCAGCACGGCUGGCCUUCAUCAUUGUAUUUGAGCACCUUGUUUUUGGAAUAAAGUCUUUUAUUGCCUACCUGAUUCCGGACAUACCUAAAGACUUGUGUGACAGAAUGAGGAGAGAGAAAUACUUAGUCCAGGAAAUGAUGUAUGAGGCUGAACUGGAGCAUUUGCAGAGAGAAAGGAAAAAGAAUGGGAAACAGUAUCACCAUGAAUGGCCUUAGUCACUACCAUGCUGCAACAAAAACACUGCUUGGAAACUGGAGUGCAGUUACAAACUGAAGUCAGAGUCUGGCAUCGGUGCGUGAGGUUCAUGGGGUGUGGAUGUUCUUGCUGGGCAGAACAGUUGCAGGCUUUGGUGUGAACUGGAAAAUAGAUGCUUCCAAUGAAGAAAAUGAAGAGCCUUACCCGUAACUGGUCUGUGGUGAGCACCAAGGACAACUGGCACUCAGGAAUGUGCAGACAGAUUUAAAAAUUUGGACACCCUGGUUUUAAAAAAAGGCAAUGAGUUUUCAUGCUGCUUCUUCAAGAUACUAACAGCAUAAUGAAACAAAAAAUUACCUGUGAACUUACACAUAAGGGCAUGACUAAAAUCAACUUAAAUGAUAUCCACUUCUUCUACAGCUUCUGAUUGCUCAGCUCCAUCUAUAAUGCCUCUGAAGGAAAGAGCAAGUGUUGCCUUUGUGGCCAUAACUUGAUAUCAAAUGAUCUUUCAGGCUUACUGUUUUGUCAGGUUUGUCCUAGUCUCUUGUUGAGAUUGUGGAUGUGGUCCUACCCUAAAAAAGGGGUCUGUGGCUGCUUAAUAUAUACUAUGCAGUUUGAGAUUUGCACAUCAGUGUCAUUAAUUUAUCCUUCUAGUUGAAAACCAAAAAUUCUAAAUUCAAGGAGAAAACAGCAGCACUAAGAGAACACAUCACAUUGCCCACAUUGCAUCUAUAUUUGAAAAUGACAUGGCUGUUGAGUGGUCUUUCCACUGUUUUGUGCAGAAAGGCCAUCUCCACACACUUCCAGGAUAGAAGAACUGUCAUUUUCAUGCUCUGAUGUAGCAUGCAGAUGUGUGUUACUGUUCCCUCUGGCCUGUCUGGGCAAUGAUUCCAUGACUUCACAGAAUGCUAACUUGAAAUAUUUCACACAGUGCAAAUGAUUCUGUCCUGAAUAUACAAUUAACUCUUUAUAGUAUGCAAGCUUAUGCAGAUAUAUAUCAGACAUACAGUAUAACAUUAUGACUUGCUUGUUCAGGGAAGAAGCAGAGCACUUUAUAACAAUGCUCUUAUUAUAACAGUAAAUGUUCCCAUAAUGUGCACUUCUUUUAUUGGCCUAAAUAAGUCAAAGCAUGGGAAUUGCAUCCAGGCAGAUGGCAGUUAUGUAUACAGGUUGUAUAUAAAUGCACACACACACACAGUGGUUACUUUUAGAUUAUUUUUAUUGUUAUUUGUAUGCCUUCUUACAGUUUUGAGGGGCUUCUUUGGAUAAAAUCCCUAUAAAAGUUAGAUGUUCAUGUAAAGAAUCAAAUUUCAGUUUUUCUGUGCAUACAGCAGUGUUGCUUAUGGUUAUAGUCACAUUUUGGUCUACUACUAAUAUUUCAAAUGUGAGAAAAGAUAAGCACUUAAACAAUUUAUACAAAUAUGCAGGGUUCACUUGCAGAGAAGAGAGUGGAGAAACAGUUACAGUCUUUCUGUUUCUCUGAUAAAAUUUUAAAUAAUGCUUCUCUGUUGGAUAAGAAAAAUUUUAAAAACAGUCAACAAAGCACAGGAACUAUAAAAGCAGCAAAUUUUAAUAAUUUUUUAGGGUUAAUGCUUGAGCAAAAUCACAGCUGACAGGUAUGAAUAGACCUAAAUUUUUACUACUUCCCAAUACCCUAUUGAACCAAAAAGUGUGAUUUCAGUAUUCACUUGCAUAUAUUACCCACAAUUAUUUUAUUGUGCCAUAUAAAACUUUGAGAGUCAGGAGCCCAUCAGAGUGGAUGAGUAGGAUCUUUUGUACCCAGGAGGCCUAGCAUCAUCAGACCUUAAGUUCUUCAGUCAUUUCACUGUAUUAUUGAGACUUCUUGGUUAAUUCCAGCUCUCUGUGACCAGACAAGGCAAUUAUAGGAGUAUCUACAGUAUUGCACAAAGGAGAAAAGAAAUUGGAAGGUAUGGUCUAAUCAGGUAUAUUACCCAGUAGUUCUGUCAUAAAGGGCUGGUGGAACUCAGCUUCCCAUGUUUAGGAAAGGCUGUUUUGUUCCUUCAAGUUCUGGGUUGUGCAUUAAGUUCCUCAGGAGUCCUUAUCAGAAAUAAUUAAUGCACUCUCCUCUGUGCUUAUUGAAUCACAUAAUUUGAUUUAAUUUCUUGUCUCUCUGUUUCAUUCUAUGGACUAUCAAGCACUGUUUGACAGCAUGAACCGUGUGUAGCAGCUUCUGUGUCUGUGCCAUGUAAUGAUAGUACUUCAGUUCUUCAGAAUGUCACAGAUGAGCUCACUUUUUGAAGUUUUCUCUCAGAACAAAUGCCUUGGCUGGCCCAAGGUAUACAGGAUAAAAGUAGGCACAAAAUCAGAAAUAAUGGUUUGUUGUUUUAUACUCUCCUGUUUCUGCUGUGGAUAUUAGCACGUGUCAAGACAUACUUAGACAAACUGCAAUUGGACUUAAAAAAAACCAACACAUGAGGAAGAAAACCUUUUUGUAUUGGAGAUUUAAAUAUAUAUAUCAUUAAUGAUUUUCAACACUGGUGUAUCAAAGGCAAGUAUGUAGGUCUGACGUGCAUUUUACGCACUGGAAAAGCACAAGAAGUUUUGGAGAAACACUGUGUGUGUUCCUUUAUUUUUGCAGGACAUCAACAAUGUCUGAAGGUUUUGCCACUACCCACUCAUUUGCUUAAGCUGAGAAGUUUUUGGCUAGACUUUGUUUAGUAUGCUGUUUGCAUUGACUGCACGUUCUUUUACUAAAGUAUAAGGCACACACUGUCCUCAGGAAUAACGUAUUUUAUGAAUGGUGAAUGAUCUUUUCAUACUCUAAAUAUUGUCUUUCCAAACAGAUGAACCAGUAUGAGUAGACUGUGCAUGCCAGCUGCGUUUGUGAAAUCUGACCAAGCUUUAGAACUUCAAUCUGUGCAAAAAUGCUUUAGGUGGGUGCAGAUCUAAUCUAUGACUACUUUGCUCUAUGCAUGCGCCCUUAGAGAGACUGCAUGAGCAACUAGAUAUUUUUAAAUACAAAAGAUUAGUCCAAAAUGUCUUAAUUAUUCCUAAUCACAUUCCGUGUCUUGAUUCAGACAAAAGAAACUUCCAUUUCACAAAUAGCAAAAAGUCCACGUACAUUACACACAUCUCAUUUCUAAUGACUUUUCAUUCUAAAUUUGUGCCUAAUGUGUGAGAUCUGAAUUCUGGUGAUUAAAAAAGGAAAAAAAAAAACCCACAAGAGUUCUGCUUCAUUAGCCAUCCUAAUGAGAGGUACCUUCUUAGAGCUCAAAGUCUGUCUCUGUACAGAGAGAUGCAUUAACAGCUCAAGACUCACAACUGAGCACUCUGACAGGGUUGCCUGAAGGUUGAGCACAGGCUCUGUUACACUGUAAUUCAGUUUCCUUACCAGAAAGACAGCUCAGUGAUCCAACAUCCUGAUAUGGAGUCAUAUUUAUAAACAAGACAAACCACACGAUGGCUAUUUUUUUAAUUUUUCUUCCCUACCCCUUUAUGUUAAAGGAUUUACAGAAAAUGUGUCCCUGUACAGGAGGUUUGGAUCUAGAUGAACUUUAAGGCCCCUUCCAACCCAAACCAUUCUGUGAUUCGAUUAUUCUAUAUUUAGAUGAACAUUGAAAUUAAUAUUGAUGAUGACAAGGCUAAAAAUUCCAUAAUGAUGAUGGCCAAUCAGUGUUUUUUUGUUAAAUGUUUCUUCUUCACUACUACAAAUCACUUACCAGCUGUUGCUGUGGCCUUUUCCAACAGCAAUUUGUCUCACAUCAUGUUCUGAGGAGCAGUUGGGCUCAAUUGUGUCCUGUUGAAAGCUCAAAAGAAAAAUGUCUGGAUGGCCUAGUGUCAAUAAAUAAAUAGGUUCAUUCCUUAAUGUAUAAAUUCAUCAUUCUCCUAAGGUUUCCUUCAUGAAAAGUUCUGCAGAAGGAAAAUUAUCUUGGGAAACACAGCUUUAGGGUGAGUGUUAAUAGGAGGAAAGGCCAGAACUUCAGUGAUAUUGUAUUCUUAAUGUGCCAUUAAGAUGAUCAGUUUAAUGUAAGUAGUGCACAUCUCCUGUUUCCUUGUUGCAGCGAGGAAACUCCACAUGGGAGUGCUGCCAGAGAGAAUUUCUGGAGCCAUGGGAUCCUGUGACAUUACCUGCAAAGUCCUAAAUGACAUCAUGGGACUUCCUGAUCUUUUACAUAAUGUCACAGUUUGUUCAGGGGCAAGUUCGUGUACACAUAUUUAGAAGCAUCAUAGCAUUUUGAUUAACUGAAAAUCAUCUGUGUCCAUAAAAAGAAACUGCAUACAUAGUUGACUUAGAAGUGUCACAAAUUUUCAUUAAAACUGUUGUAAACUAGAUUUUAUUUUUUUUUUACAUACACUGGGCAACAGCCACAUCAAUAAAACUUAUUUUAUACA